CAAUCAAACCGCAGAGUCUAAUUUUGUCGGCACCGAUUUUCGACCAAUGGUGUUGUGCGGAAACAAGUGCGAAAUUUGUAUUUGUGUGUCCAGCGACUCUUUUCACGGAGCUGCGAUAUCCAAUAAGAUGAUGGAUGCAUUGUCAGUGGUGUCUCAGCUGCGGGACCUGGCAUCUGAGCCCCAGAAUCGAGAGGCCAUAGUCCAGGACCAGGGCUGUUUACCAGGCCUUGUGCUGUUUCUAGACCACAAAGAUCCUCAAGUAGUUUUUGCCACUCUGCAGACCUUGAGGUACCUUGCAGAAUCGUCCCAAAACAUUAACAUCAUGAAGAAUGAGCUUGGCAUGAUGGUAACCCUAGAGUCACUCAUCGAAAAUACGGCAAUGACUAGCGACAUAACAGAUCUCGCUAAAGAGGUGCAUGGUGUGUUGAGUGCCAUGGAUACUUUCAGAACUCCAGAGCAGCCAAGGAGGAAGAAUAAACAUCAGUUCUUCAUCAACAGCUCCAAUAAAAAGGCCAAGUCUGUCACUUUGCACAUACAGGGUUUGGAUGGAAAUGAUCAGAGAGGGGUGUGUGAGGACGCUCUUUUGAAGGUUAAAGGGGUGAUUAGCUUCACAUUCCAAAUGGCACUGAAGAGGUGCACAGUGCGUGUGCGUGCAGAUCUGCCCACUGAGAGUCUGGCCUCAGCCAUUGCCUCCACUAAAGUGCUUUCAGCUCAGCAAGUGGUAAAGAAUGAGAGUGGAGAGGAGGUUUUCAUCCCGCUCAGCACUACCGGCAUGAAGGUAGAGCAGAAUUCCCAGAUUCCAGAUUAUCUUCCUGAAGAUGAAAGUCCAGAAAAGGAGCUGGACCGCGCUGUCUCUCGCACUGCAGCCAAACAGGAGUCAGGUGGAAGCUGGUUAAACACAGCUGCUAGUUUUCUCACUAAAACCUUCUAUUGGUGAAUCUGUUGAUGAUGGUGUUGUCAUAUGUAAAUAUCUGAACCACAGCAGGGAGGUGUUUAUUAAAGCUGGAUAACUAAGCCAAAUGUUAAACCUGUUAAAACAAAAAAGGAGCCUGUUGGUAGUUUCAUUUGCUGAUGUUUUUCAACAUUUAUCUUAAUUUUAUGAUUAGCAGGUAAUCCUGCUGCAUGAGAAAUCCACCAGGACUCUCAAGCAAAUGAAAUGUAAUUUAUGAAGUACUUUGAUGGCAACACAAAUGCCAAGCAGAUCUACUUUGUUUGGAAAGUGUAAAUAUGAAGUGGCACUGUAAUGUCCACCACUAAGACACUUCUUUCAUGGCUUUGGAAAUGCUUCUUUCACACCUUUUGUUUGUUUAACAUCUCAGUGUUCCAGUUUUCUUCUUUCUGUUGUGUUAAAGUUUGUCUUUGUGUAUAUGACUGUUUCUGUUGUCCUGUUCACUUGAUCAGCUGUGUACAUAUGGUCAUAUUGAUUUAUUUUAUGUGGCAGAGUUGAUUCUGUCUCAAAGAAAUGUUUGUAAUAAAGAACAUGAAAAUAA